AUGUCAAAGGAGUUUGAACUGGAGGGCAAAGUUAGCUCGCGAAUAAAGCAGGUGAAACCAGACUAUGAAGACGAGAUAGAGGAGUGGUAUGAGAGGGUGAGCACUCGGGAGACAGAGUCAACGAGUCGGAACCGAGGGAACAGGCAUGGCAGGGACAUGCGGGAUGGUGACGAGGACGAGUACGAUGUCGUAUCGGUGGAUGACGAUUCGAGAACCAACUUGCUACCGAAUAUCAGAACGCAUAGGAAGCUGCUGAACAGGCACGUCCAGUUCAUUGCUAUUUCCGGUGUGAUCGGUACUGCCCUGUUUGUAGCGAUCGGCAAAGGGCUGUAUUACGGUGGCGCCGGGUUUCUUCUCAUUGCAUUUGCCAUGUGGUGUGUCCCCAUCUUGGCAAUCACCGUCUCCACUGCGGAGAUGGUGUCGUUCUUCCCCGUGAGUUCACCCUUCCUGAGAUUGGCCAAGAAAUGCGUGGACGAGUCAUUGGCUGUGAUGGCCAGUUGGAACUUUUGGUUCCUGGAGUGUGUUCAGAUACCUUACGAGAUUGUGUCUGUGAACACUGUUAUCCACUACUGGAGGGACGAUUAUAAUCCGGCUAUCCCACUGGUUGUCCAGUCUGUCAUGUAUAUCUUAAUUUCAGUUUGUGCAGUGAAGUACUACGGUGAAAUGGAAUUCUGGCUGGCAUCCUUCAAGAUUGUGCUUGCAGUAGGACUGUUCUUUUUUACCCUUGUCACCAUGGUGGGAGGUAACCCAAAGCACGAUGUCUACGGAUUUAGGAACUUCCGUAUCGACUCCUUCAAGAAGUAUUACCCAGAUGGUAACGACGCGCAUUCUCGCUCCGUGGGUUACUUCCAAGGGUUUCUGGUGUGUUUGAUCAGGGCUGCAGCUACCAUCGCUGGAGGUGAGUACAUAGCAAUGCUGGCUGGUGAAGUGAAGGAACCAAGAAAGGUACUGCCAAAGGCCUUCAGACAAGUGUUCGUGCGACUAACCGUCCUGUUUCUGGGGAGCUGUCUUUGUGUCGGUAUAGUGUGCUCCUCAAACGACCCUGCCUUGACAGCUGCAAUCAGUGAAUCAAGACCCGGGGCUGGUUCGUCGCCGUACGUUAUUGCAAUGAACAAUCUGGGGAUACGUGUGCUUCCAGACAUUGUUAACAUUGCCCUGAUUACCGCUGCAUUUUCAGCAGGUAAUGCUUACACGUACUGUUCGUCGAGAACACUGUACGGAAUGGCGCUUGACGGUUACGCCCCGAAGAUAUUCAAAAAGUGUAACAAGCAAGGUGUCCCCAUGUUUGCAGUUGCGGUCUCUUUAUGCUGGGCGUUGAUCAGUCUUCUGCAAUUAAAUUCCAACAGUGCCGUUGUUUUGAAUUGGCUGAUUAACAUUAUCGUCUCGUCUCAAUUGAUCAACUUUGUGGCGUUGUGUAUCAUUUAUCUCCACUUCAGGAGAGCUUAUCUUCUGCAGCAGGAUAACUUACCAGGGUUGCCUUUCAAGUCAUGGUGGCAACCUUGGACUGCGAUAUUUGGCAUGUCGUGUUCUGUCGCGAUGAUCCUGAUUCAAGGGUACACGGUAUUUUUCCCCAAAUUAUGGAAAGCUCGGGACUUCUUGUUUUACUAUCUGAUGGUAUUCAUUGAUGUUGGAAUUUACUUAUUUUACAAGUUUGUGUGGACCCACGGGAAGGAUAAAGUAAAGGACCCUACACUGAUAGAUUUCAGCGAGGACCUUAGAGAGAUCGAGGAACACGAACUUGAGCAUAACUUUGAUAAGUUUAAAUUCUACACCAACUAA